CCGCGACCCAACGAUGGAGGCCCUCAGACUGCAAAAGAAAUACCCCGAAGUUACAAGAGAUGAGAUGUUUGAGCUCAUAAAUCGCUUCAACGCGAUCUCUACCGAUACGCCUGGACGAGUGGAUAAACAAGCCGUGUUACAAGCUCUUCAAUCCCAAGGAGAGUCGUACGAUGAAGCUCGAGAGACUUUGAAACACGUUAGUGUCGAUGCUAGUGGUAAAGUUGAGCUUGAAGACUUCGUUGAGCUCAAUGUGAAGCUGCGGACCAAGUCAAAGCCUACAAUAUCGACCAAAGCCGGAAAAGUUACUGUGCAAGGGUCCAAUGCGAAUGUCAGCCAUACUAUCAAUGAAGAUGAACGAAGAGAGUUUACCAACCAUAUCAACCUGGUCCUGGAAAACGACCCAGACAUUGGUUCUCGCUACCCGAUCCCCACUGAGACAAUGCAACUGUUCGAUGAAUGCAAAGAUGGUCUUAUUCUCUGCAAGCUUAUCAACGACUCUGUUCCAGACACAAUAGAUGUCCGUGUCCUCAACAAACCGACCGGGAAGAAACAGCUCAAUGCAUUCCAAAUGACGGAGAACAAUAACAUUGUCAUCACCUCAGCGAAAGCCAUUGGUUGCUCUGUUGUGAACAUUGGGUCGACGGAUCUCGCUGAAGGACGUGAACAUCUUAUACUUGGCUUGAUCUGGCAGAUUAUUCGACGUGGAUUGUUGGCUCAAGUUGAUAUUCGACUUCAUCCCGAGUUGUACAGACUUUGUGAAGAAGGCGAGACCAUUGAUGAUUUGUUGCGGCUGACACCGGAUCAAAUUUUGUUGAGGUGGUUUAAUUAUCAUCUCAAAGCCGCGGGAUGGAAACGAAGAGUGAACAACUUCAGCAGGGAUGUAUCGGAUGGAGAGAAUUAUACGAUCCUGCUCAACCAGCUCAAACCUGAUCAGUGUUCCCGUGCUCCGUUACAAACGACCGAUCUACGUGCUCGUGCAGAACAGGUUCUCCAAAACGCUGCCAACAUCGGUUGUCGCAAAUUCCUUACACCAUCCUCAUUAGUGGCAGGGAACCCCCGUCUCAAUCUCGCCUUUGUUGCCAACCUGUUCAACACUCACCCAGGUCUCGAGCCUUUAGAUGAACAAGAAGCCAAGGACUACGGAGCAGUCGAAGACUUUGACGCUGAAGGCGAACGUGAAGCUCGUGUAUUCACUCUUUGGCUCAAUUCGUUGAAUGUUGAACCUGGCGUGUUUAAUCUUUUCGACAACGUGAAAGAUGGGCUUAUACUCUUGCAAGCUUUCGACAAAGUCUUACCUGGUGUUGUUGUUUGGCGAAGGGUAUCAAAGCCCAAGGAAGGAGCAGGAUCUGCUCCUUUCAGUGGUGGUGGCGGAGAAGGGGAGGAAGAGGAGGAUAUUGGCGUUACACCGAAUCAGAGCAAGUUGUCGAGGUUCAAGUGUGUGGAGAAUACGAAUUAUGUUGUUGAUUUGGCAAAGCAGAAUGGGAUGACUAUGGUGGGUAUUCAAGGGGCGGAUAUUGUGGAUGGGUCCAAGACGCUUGUGCUUGGGUUGGUUUGGCAGUUGAUGAGGAUGAGCAUUACGAAGACUCUCACUUCAUUAUCGAAAUCCAGUGGUGGCAGGCCUAUAAGCGACACUGAGAUGCUCAAAUGGGCCAAUACCACGGCACAAAAGGGCAAUCCUAAUCUUCGUCCUCUUCGGUCUUUCAAGGACCCGUCGAUUACGACAGCUCUCUUCAUCUUGGCAUUGGAAGAAGCCAUCCGGCCUGGAAUCGUCGACCCUGCGUUGGUAAAUGAUGUUACGGAAAGUGGUGAUUAUGAGGAGCGUAGGCAGAAUGCUAAACUGGCGAUAUCGAUUGCGAGAAAGAUGAAUGCGCUGAUAUUCUUGGUUCCGGAGGAUAUCGUUGACAUCAGACCGCGACUGAUUAUGACGUUUGUCGCAAGUCUCAUGGCGAUUGAAAAAGGAGUGUAAAAGAUAUGUAAAAGAGUAUUGCGGG